CUCGUCCACGCGUUAUCCGCCGACCGGCAAGUAUCGCAUCGCGCGCCGUCGCCAAAAAUUUAGUAUUAGAACGAGCCGGUGCGCCGCCGCCAAAAAUUUAGUAUGAAAACCAGCCGGUGCGCCGCCGCCAAAAAUUUAGUAUUAGAACGAGCCGGUGCGCCGCCGCCAAAAAUUUAGUAUUAGAACGAGCCGGUGCGCCGCCGCCAAAAAUUUAGUAUGAGAACGAGCCGGAGCGCGCGCGCAAAACUCUUAUCGAUCGCGUUUUGCCACCGAUUGUCACUGUCCACCACCGUUCAACAGUGUGUAUCGUUCGGGCCCGGGUGCCCGCGACGCCGCCGUUAGUCGUCUCAAGACUCGCGCUCCGUACGGUCGUCGUCGUCCUCAUCGUCGUCGUCGUCCCGUCGUCAUAGUACGAUUCUCGUGUGACUCCAGUCGUCUGUCGUCUCUGCGAUUUUAUCGUUCCAGCCGCCGUACAUACGCUCACCGUCGUCUGUCUCGUCCACCGCACAGGCGAAAACCGUCGGCCGGGCCUAGGGCCGCGCCAUGUACUUCGCCCUGGCCGAAACUCCGGGCGGCCGUCCGACGACGGUCACCACGGCCGCGAUCUCCACUAUAGAAAGCGCUCGGACUCCGCCGUCCAGCGCCUUCGCCUUCUUGCCGCACGCCGACCGUCCACGUCCGGGGCUGCGGCCGCACUCCACCGCAGCCGUCGUCGGGCCUGACGCCGACGGCCGCAGCCCGGCCGAGCACGACGCCGACGGACCGCGGUGCACGCUCGAGGACUACGACAUGUCGUCGUCGGAAGACGAAUACUCAAAGUCCGGGUCCACGUUCAGCGUGGCCGUGGGCCAUUACGUUUUCCAGAGGAACUUGAUCGAAGAUUCAUUUAUUUCGGCCCAAGAGAGCAAAGCUGUUAUUGAAUACGUGAAUUUGAAGUUUGUUGAAAACAACUUUAGGUCAUUGGGGCUCGAUCAAAUAUUUGAUAAGAAUAAUAUAAUGCAAGCUGAACAAGAAUUUAAAUCGUUUGAAAUAUGGUUCUCUCGCGUGAGGGAGUAUGCUGUUGAUAGAGAAUUUAUCAGAGAUCUUCGUCUACCAUUGUUCUGUCAUCUUUAUUUGAAUCUUUAUGCUCCACGGAAUCAUACACGCUUACAGGCAUUUUUGAAAACGUUUGAAUAUUUAUUUACAAGCCCUAGAGGAGUUAUUUAUCUGCAGGAGUUGAAAAAUGUUACAAAUGUAUUAGAUCUAUCGCCUCGACUUGCAUAUUUCAGGCGAAAUAAAUUUGUUUAUGGUGUUUCUCCUAUAUUCAUCAGCAAUCUUUAUGAUUUUUUUUAUCCUCACUUCAUGCUCAAAGUGGUGUUUCAAGAAUGGUUUGACAUCAACUAUACUGCUUAUGAAGAUCCAAGAAUAAUAUUUGAUGAUUAUUAUGCAAAUAACCUAGUACGAGUAAAUAAUUUAGAUAAAGCAAAUACUCCAAAACAAAACAAUAAUGUUUUUGCCACAAAACCUGUGUUAUGUAAAAAAACAUUGAAUUCAUCUCAAAAUAAGAACAACAAUCGCAAACUCAAUAAUUUUGAAAAUGAUUUUUACAAUAAUCAACGCCCUUCUACAAGUAAAGACUUUGUUGGACAUCAAAACUCUAGCUCCAGUCAUCAAGAAUCCAAUUCCAGAAAAUGUGCUAACAAUGAUGUUGAAGAUCUACAAAAAAAUUCUACAAAUUCAGAACUAGAUGAAUCAACUGGAAAUUCUGAAGAGACUUUAUCAGAGGAUCAUAGCUUAGAAUCAAGAUCUAGGCGAUCAAAGAAGAAAUAUUUCAAAAGAAAAGAUAUGAGACGUAACAAAGACCAUCCUUCGUCAUCUGGACAAAAAUCAAGAAAACAUAAGAAAUCUAGCGGAGAAAAAUAUGAUGAUACCAGUUUACUAAAUAAAUCCACUAGUCAUCAAGAAAAUUCAAAAUUGUCCGAAGAAUCACUCGGAGAAGGACAAAACUCAUCAAAUCAGAAAGAAGGUGAAGAAGAAAGAAUAAUAUUACGGAUUUCAAGAAAGUCUAACAAAUUAAGCGUUAUUGUCAGUAAUGAGAAGAAAGAACCUAAUGAUUCCAAAAAUCCUAUGUUGGAGAAAUCAAGCGAAGAACAAGUAUCAAAUGAUGGGAAAAAGUCUCGUAAUCACCGAAAAAAACAUAAAUCGAGAGGCAAAAAUAAAUCUUCCACAGAUAAUGAUAUUCUUUUGCAGGAAAGCUCAAAUGAAAUAUCAAAUGAUGAACAACAAUUGCGGAAGAAAAUUAAAUCAAAUGAUGGAAGAAAAUCUAUUAGUGAUGAAGAUAGUCGCUUAUUUGAAAAAUCAUCUGAAGUAUCUGAUAAUGAAGCAAAAAUGAAUAAAAGACAAAAGAAAAAUAGCAGAAAGAAGUUUACAAGCGAUGAAAGCUUAUCUGAAGUAUCCAAUAACAAAGAAAAAAAGUUUAAGCGACAAAAAAAAAGUGAUAAAAGCAAAUCUUCCAGUGACAAUAAUAUGGAUAUAUCAAAUGAUGGUGAAGAAAAGCAAAAACAGCAAAAUAAAAGAAGCAAAAGCAAAUUUACCAGUGAUGAUGAUAAUCGUAUGUCUGAAAUAUCAAGUGAUGAAAAAAAUUUGCAAAAACCUCAAAAGAAACAAAAAUUAAGAGAAAAUAAAAAUGUUGACAAUACAGAUGAUAUUAAUUUGUCUGGAGGCUCACCUGAAAUAUCAAAUGAUGAUGAAAGUUCAAACAACGGAAGAAAUAACAGAGGAAGAAAUGAACAUACUGAUAAUGAUAAUAGCAGUCUAUAUGAAAGUUCAUUUAAAGAUUCUUCAGAGGAGGCUCCAGAGGAUUCUUCAGGAGAUUCUUCAGAGGAUUUCAGUUCUACGGAUUCAUCAUAUGAUGAAGAAAUUGUUAUGCAUAAAUUUGUUCAACAUGAAAAAAAAUCAGCUCAACAUUUACGUUAUGAAACUUCACGCCGUUUAAAACAUACAAACACUACUAAAAUCGAUUUUAAAAACCUCGAUGAAGAUUGGUUUCUACGCACUACUCAUCAAAUAAUCUUGAAAAAUUGUAGCAAAUUAUCAUGUUCUAUUUUGACUUCUGAUCUAAAAUUUGUUGCUGCUGGUUCAUUAGAUUCUUUAAUUUAUUUAUGGGAGAGACGUCAACAAUUUUUAGAAGAAAAAAAUCCUGAUAUUUUACAUAGUAUUGGAAAUAUAAAUCCCAGCAAUUUUGCAUCAUCAGUACCAGGAAACAAUUUAAUGGAAUAUUUGGAUAAAAGUACAGCCUUUGUGUUGCGUGGACAUGGUGGACCUAUAUUUGAUUUAGCUGAAUUACCAUCAGCUAAAAUUCUUCUUAGUGCAUCCAAUGACAAAACCUACAGAGCUUGGGAUAUGGUAUCAAAACGUUGUUUAGAAGUAUAUAAUGAACAUGAACACAGGACAUGGUGUAUUGCUGCUUGUCCAUAUAGCUUGCAAGUAGCCACAGGAUCCUGUGAGGGCGCUAGCUGUUUGUGGUUUUUGAACUAUAAACGCCCGUUGAGAAUUUUUAUGGGUCAUCUUGAUGAUAUUUUGGUUCUAAAAUUUCAUCCAAAUCAAGUGCUCUUAGCUACUGGUUCAUCAGAUAAAACUGUUAGAGUGUUUGAACUGACUACAGGAGAAUGUCAUAGACUUUUAAUGGGGCACUCUGAUUAUAUCACCUGUUUAGAAUUCAAUGCUCAAAAUUCUAAUCAUCUAGCAUCUGCUUCUGGUUGCGGAGAAAUAAUUAUAUGGGAUGUACCAUCUAGUGAAAUGGUAUGGAAGAUUAAAGUCGGCAACAAGUUAUUUUCAGAUCUGGUAUGGUUAACCAAAGAUAUAUUAUUGGCUUCAUUAACUAGUGGUGUUGUCUUAAAAUGUGACACUAAACUGAAUUACGUAGAUUCCUCCUGUAAAGUAAAAGGAUUUGAAACUACAUUUGAUCGCCUUAUAUCUUUACAAAUGAUCAAUAAUACGGUGUACACAAUAGGUAUUCCUGAUAAAUCAGGUGGUCUUAGACCAAUACCUAAGCGAAGCAAAGAGAAAACUUUACAAAUGAAAAAUGAACAGAAAUCUCGUAGGGAAUCUUCACCUUUGUCUAAACUAUUCUUCCCACAACAUAUUAUUGAUAAUGAUGGAAAUUCAAUGAAACCUUUACAUGGACUGAUCUCAACAGCAUCAAAGCAUCCUCCUUUUAAUUAUGAAUAUCAAUUAAAUACUAAUAAUCAAUUUAAAAAAUCAACUUCACCAAGUUUUUUGAACAUGAAUUUAAGAUCUGCACCAUUCAAUUUAUCUGCUGAUGAAAUAUCAAAAUUAAGUUCUGAAUAUCAAUCAGAAAAUAUACGAUUAGUUCCAGCAACAGAUAUAACUAAUAAUCUUCAAAAUGCUUACCUGUUGCCAGUUCAACAAAAUGUUCGGACAACCAAUCAAAACUCUAUAAAUAUCCAUUCAACAAAUGAUCAGUUACCGAGUACUAGUAAAUCACAAAAAUCAAAUAAAACUCCAGGACCAUCAAAGUCAAAAAUAACAACAGCUAAACAACAAAACUUUGGUAAAAGUAAUUUAACAAUGCAUACAAGUAUUCAACACAUGCAAAUAAAAACCACUACAAUUCAAGAACAACUACAUAUAGAUGAUCAGAGAGAAACCAAUACAUUAGUCCAACAGUAUGUGCAAACAACUAGUACAAGUACCCACAAGCAGCAAACUUCAAACCUAUUGCAAUUUACACGGCCUGGGAUGAGCUCUCAAUUACCUCAGAAUAGUAUUGGGCAGCAAGAGCAGCAGCAACACAGUGUUGGAAGUAGUAUUAGUGUAGGUGGAACAAAUGUUCAACAGCAGCAGUUAUUACAACAGAUGCGGUCUAAUAUAAAUUUAACCCAAGGGAAUGUUCAACAACGCUUAUCCCCGCAAACAAAUAAUCGGUCACCCAAUAUCAAUGUUACUCAACGUCCAUCUCCUAGACAAAGUCCUAAUCAAUCAUCUUCGGAUGAAACAAGCACAGGUAAACAUACUCGCAUGCAGUGAUGGUUGAAUUAAGCCAUUUAAUGCUUCAGAACUAUAUAAAAUAAACCUCUAUUUACUACUUAUUUAGAUAUGAUUAUUAUUUAAAAUGUAAUUCUUAGUAUUCGUAAUUAUAAGUUGUGUGUUAUUUAUGUAUUUUAUAUUUUAUCUUUUUAAGUAAAACAAAACUA